AUGGGUACUUUCAGGUUUCAUCAGUACCAGGUUGUCGGAAGAGCUCUCCCGACAGAGAAAGAUGUGCAGCCUAAGAUUUACCGGAUGAAGCUUUGGGCCACGAACGAGGUUCGUGCCAAGUCCAAGUUCUGGUAUUUCUUGAGGAAGCUGAAGAAGGUUAAGAAGAGUAAUGGCCAGAUGCUCGCCAUCAACGAGAUUUUUGAGAAGAACCCGACAAAGAUCAAGAAUUUUGGAAUCUGGUUGAGGUACCAAAGUCGUACUGGAUACCAUAACAUGUACAAGGAAUACCGUGACACCACUCUUAACGGAGCUGUGGAACAGAUGUACACAGAGAUGGCUUCCCGACACCGUGUCAGAUUCCCUUGCAUCCAGAUCAUCAAGACAGCCACUGUCCCUGCCAAGCUAUGCAAGAGAGAGAGCACCAAACAGUUCCACAACAGUAAGAUCAAGUUCCCCUUGGUGUUCCGCAAGGUGAGACCACCAAGCAGGAAGCUGAAGACGACUUACAAGGCCUCCAAACCCAACUUGUUCAUGUAA